GCUCCAGCGCCUUGGAAUCCGUCGAGAUCACACGGCGCCUCGAUUUCCAGGAGAUUCUGGGGAUGUUUUCAAGAUCCUGGAUUGUUCUUCCAUCGCAGACACGGCGAUUCUUGUGCGAGGCCAUCCACGGCACGGCAGCGCAGGGAAAUCGCCUAGAUUUCGAGGGAUCGAUCACAAUCAAGGACUGCAUUGCCGGUUUGAAGGCCUGCGGCAGCUCUGGCGAUCUCGAGCGAGCAGCUCAAUGCGCGAGGCUCGCCAGAUCUUCGAUGGGAUGCUUCACAAGGAUGUAGCUGUGUGGAACGCUCUCAUCGCGGGAUACGUGGAGAAUGGACUUUCGUGGCCGCGAUCACGGCUUGCAGCGAGCUAGCCUCCAGAGAAGAUGGUGCCAAGGGGAGAACUAGAUGGCUAGAGAAAGGGAUGGAUUUGCACGCUCAAGCGAGAAGACAAGGCUGUGACUUUGCCAACCAGUUCGUUUCCAAUGCCUUGAUCGAUAUGUACGCGAAGAGUGGGAGCAUGGCUGAUGCGCGACGUGUCUUCGACAGGAUGUCGGAUCACACAGUGGUUUCGUGGACUGCUUUGAUGCUGGGAUACACAGAAAAUGGAGAGGCUGGCUUGACUUUGGAUCUGCUGGGGUGUAUGGAAGGUCGAGGCUGUGAACCAAAUGCAAGAACUUUCAUGGCUGGAGGAAUGGCCUGCAUAGCUUUGGCAGUCGAGGAGAAGAUCAACGGCGAAGUUGUGAAGGUCAGGUGCUGCGAGCUGGGGGCCGGAAUCCAUUCUUUGGCCGUGAGAAGCAGAAGUUCCGACGUUUUUCUCGCCAACACUUUGAUCGAUCUUUUUUCAAAGUGUGGGAGCAUGGUGAAAGCUCGAAGUGUCUUUGAGAAGAUGCCGUGUCACAACGUUGUCUCCUGGACGGCAUUGACGAUCGGGUAUGCUGAAAACGGUGAAGGGGAACAGGCAUUGGAAAGUUUCUCACUCAUGAGGGCUACAGGUGUUCCACCGGAUGGCCGUGCUUUUCUCGCAGCUCUCGUCGCCAGUGGUAGUGUAGCGGCACUCGGUGCUGGGAAAAGGAUACAGGGAGAUGUUUACAGAUUUGGGAUGGAGAAGGAUGCGAUUGUGCCAUCGUGUCUUGUGGACUUCUACGGCAAAUGUGGCUGCGUUCUCGCAGCUCGCCAGCUCUUCGACUCGCUCACUUCUGGAGCAGACUUGACGACUUGGAACUCUUUGAUAGUAGCAUACAGCCGACGAGGUGACACCACGCAAGCGUUCGAGUUGUUUCACCGGAUGGAAGACGAAGGUGUCCAGGCCGACGGUAUCACCUUCCUGGCUCUCCUGUCAGCGUGCAGUCACGUUGGUCUUCUCGACAAAGGCCGACGGUGCUUCCAUUCGAUGCUCCCGGGAUACAACGUGAGGCCUGGCUUGGAUCACUACCACUGCAUGGUUGAUAUCCUUGGGAGGGGCAACGAGCUCGAGGAAGCCUUGGCGUUGGUGAAGUCCAUGCCUUUUAAACCAGAUGCCUUGACAUGGAGGACGGUUCUAGCUGCUUGCCGCAAGUGGAAGAAUGUGGAACUUGGAAGGCUGGCCUUCGAGAGACUGGUAGAGCUGGAUGGAAGUAAUGGCGCCGCUUACGUGCUUAUGGGGGCCAUCUACGGCAGCACAGGAAUGUGGGAGGAGCAAGCGAAGAUUUUGAGCUUGAGAAACGUUGUUGAAGUGGAAAGAGCCGAGACAAAGCUUGUGAAGUCAUAAAUCCUCGGGAAGCAGUGAUGGAAAAGUCCCCACCCUUACGCCGCUCGGAACAAAUCAGGCUGUGUUUCCUUUAUGGUGCGUGUGCCAUUACAUCACACACGACGUGCUGGAUGACCUCUGGCUCAACAGCUCGGAACUUCUCGUCUAUCUCCGAAGCAGCAUAUCAUGUGGUCUUUUUUAUCUUUUCCAUGUACUCACGAUCGAGACCCGCGAUUGAGACAAAUGUUCGAGAGGCAAUGGAACGCCACCAUAACAUUCGAGA